AAGGACCAUAUAUUGUAUACUUUGGAUUUGUAUCAAACUGUUAUUCUGAUAGGAGAAACCGGUUCAGGAAAAAGUACACAGGUUCCACAAGAUUGAAGUUCUGAGAACAAACAAUCAAUUCGUCUUAUAAAUCUAUUAAUAAUGGUUGGCCCGAGUUCUCACAUAAGCAAGUUAUUGCUUUCUUUAUUUGGCAUUCUUCUGCUGUGGUAUGUUUAUAUGGAUGUUAAUUUGUAUUUGCGCAUACAAAACUACCCAAUUGAUAAAAAUUAUCACUUCAAUUUAACGGAAAAUAAUGCAGUACUUGUGAAUAAAGUGGAUGCAGUACCAUAUGAAACAGUGACAUGGAUUGAUUGCAAAAUUAAUCCAUUAUGCGAUGUUACAGUGAAAGCUUUGAUGCUGGACCAUACAAAUCACUAUGUAUUUGCACCUCUGGCUACUGCUUCAGACACUUUAAUCGGAUUUUCUAAAAGUUCCUGGAUUACUCCUAACAUGAUCUCAUUCUCACAUGUAUUCGUAGCUCUUUUGGCUGCAAAAUUUAUUGCUACUGAUGAUAUCAUAUUCAGGAGAAUCGGUGUGAUUUUAUUUCAGUUCAGAACUUUUUUGGACGAUCUAGAUGGUCAUGUUGCCAGAGUAAAGAAGCAUAUAAGAGGUGAACGUUCUGAGAUUGGUACUAUGGGUUAUUAUGUAGAUGGAAUAUGUGAUGGUUUAGGUUGUAUAGCCCUAAUGAUUGGUGUGUUUUUGUGUUUAAAAAAUAAUCCUCCAAGGCGCGGCUAUACACCUUUGCAACCUAUUUUACCAACAGAAAACAAAAUCAUUGAAUGUGGUAUACUUUAUAAAAUGAAGAUAACAUCUAGAAAGUUAAUGAAUGUUGUUUUGUGUUUCUCGGGUCAACUUUUAUUGAGCAGUACUGCUUGGAACCGAUACAUUGCUUUAUAUCAGGAUAUGCUUGAAAGAGAUAACUUGCCAUUGAUAGAACUUACAAAGCAAGAUUUGGUUCUACGAUCAAAUCUAUUUUUUGCUGUUUGUUGGAUGUGGAGAGUGAUAAAUGUGCAUUCUUUGCUGCACUGCUUACUAUUUGGAAUUUUCUGUGAUAAAAUGUGGGGAUUUUUAAGGGGGAUACAACAUAUUGGUUUUGUUGUUUUGUUGUGUGCGAUAUGUUUAACAGAGAUGCAUGUUUUGGAGGCCCAAAAUUUUAUUUUUAACUCGUUGACUGGGAAUAGUACAACAUUGUGA